ACCGUCCAGUGACUUACCUGUACAACACUCUUCAUUAUUAUGAGAGGCAUCUCAGAGAGCGCACAAACCUCAAGAGAAAACUUGUUCAUGCCAUAAUUGGCUCUCUCAAAGAUAAUCGCCCACUAGGCUGGUGUCUAAGUGAUACUUAUCUCAAAUGUGCUAUGAAUGCCCGAGAAGAAAAUCCGUGGAUUCCUGAUGACACUUACUAUUGCAAACUCAUUGGAAGACUAGUAGACACUAUGGCAGGCAAAUCACCCGGUCCAUUUCCAAAUUGUGACUGGAGAUUCAAUGAGUUUCCUAACCCAGCUGCCCAUGCUCUCCAUGUUACUUGUGUUGAGCUCAUGGCUCUGGCUGUUCCAGGGAAGGAUGUGGGCAAUGCACUGCUCAAUGUUGUGCUGAAGAGUCAGCCCCUGGUGCCAAGAGAGAAUAUCACAGCUUGGAUGAAUGCUAUUGGACUAAUUAUCACAGCAUUACCAGAGCCGUACUGGAUUGUUCUCCAUGAUCGCAUUGUGAGCGUUAUCAACAGUCCCAGCUUGACGUCAGAGACAGAGUGGGUUGGUUACCCAUUCCAGCUGUUUGACUUCACAGCAUGUCACCAGUCUUACUCUGAGAUGAGUUGUAGCUACACUUUGGCUUUGGCACAUGCUGUCUGGCAUCAUUCUAGCAUUGGACAGCUUUCUCUCAUUCCUAAGUUCCUCACAGAAGUAUUGAUACCCAUAGUGAAAACAGAGUUCCAGUUACUAUACGUUUACCACCUUGUUGGUCCUUUUCUACAACGGUUCCAGCAGGAGAGGACACGAUGCAUGAUAGAGAUUGGAGUGGCAUUUUAUGAAAUGCUCCUGAAUGCAGAUCGGUACAGCUCGCACCUGAACUACAUGGAUCCUAUAUGUGACUUCUUAUAUCACAUGAAGUAUAUGUUUACAGGUGACAGUGUGAAAGACCAAGUUGAGAAAAUAAUUUGUAAUUUAAGACCAGCUUUGAAACUUCGGUUACGCUUCAUAACACACAUCAGCAAAAUGGAACCAGCUGCUGUUCCACAACAACCUCUCAAUAAUGGGUCACCAGCCCAACAGCCUAGCCAAGUGCCUGUUAAUGUUGCUUUGCCAGUAACACAGUGAAAUGAAGUGUUCAGCUGGCCUUCUGUUACUGAUCAAGGUGAAACAUCAGCUGAUCUCAAGUCUUGUAUACUGUAUAAAAGGAAAGAGAACCACGAACAGAUUUCUGCUUCAUUUUCUUUUGCAUAAUGAAGCUGUCUAACUCUAUGCAUGCCAGUCUUCUUACCUAUUUAUAUCAGAUACUAGGUGAGGUAUAUGUUGCCUUUCUCUGAAAGCACUGAGUAAAGAUUCUCUGCAAGCAAAUGCAUGGAUUUCUGAAGAGUUUACAAUAUCCUGCUCCCUAUCCUGGUUUGAGUCAUCUGGGUUUUUCUUUUCUUUCUGUCUGUGAUAUGAAAGGACACUCAAUGUAUGUAGCCUAGU